AUGGCACCUAGACUCCCUCCUCCACCGCAGCCUAAUGAACCUGAUGCGUCCAACAACACUAGGUUGUUGGAAACGGUGAUUGAUAGAUUGCAGCAGCAGAAUACCACGUUGAUGGAACAGAACGCUACCCUGAUGCAGCAAAAUCAGAAUGCUUUGCAGAGUUUGGAGGCCUCUCGCGCCAACUCUGAAGCUACUCAAAGACAGUUAAUGGAGAUUUUAGCGGCAACCAGGCACACUCCGGGGGCGUCCUCUUCAAACACUACCCAACCUGCUGCUGAGUGGAGCUUGGAAAGUUUCCUCCAACACCAUCCGGCUAAAUUCAGUGGAAAGGGCCUCCCUGACGAGGCAGAUCAAUGGUUAAGGGACAUGGAGAGGAUCUUCAACGCCAAGAGAUGCCCAGAUGAGAACAGGUUGGCGUUCACAGAAUAUCUAUUGACUAGGGAAGCGAGCCACUGGUGGGCGAGCACGAGGGCUAUUCUGGCAGACGCCCAACGUCAUAUUACAUGGGAAGUAUUCCGUAGCAAGUUUUAUGAAGAGUACUUCCCUGACAGCGUCCGUUUUGCGAAGGAGGUGGAGUUUCUACAACUGGUUCAAGGUGGGAUGUCAGUUUCUGAAUACACCAACAAGUUCAAGCACCUUGUCCGUUUCAAUACGAUGGCCACCAGUGAAGAGUGGCAGUGCAGGAAGUUUGAGAACGGACUGCGGAGUGAUCUGAAGGUCUUGAUUUCCAGUUUGUGCAUUCGGUCGUUUCCUGCUAUGGUUGAGAGAGCCAAGGUAUUGGAGAAGAAUAUGGCAGAAGCGGAACGACAGAAGAAACAGCAACAAGUGAUUAGGGGACCGAUCGUGUCCAGGGGAGGUAGUAGUCAGAGGAGAGCCCCUUACGCUCGUCCAAACCAGCCAUCUAGCGCGAGUGGGUCUCAAGCCUUGAUUCCUGCCGGACAGUCUGGUCAGCACGAAAACGUUACUUGUUUCCAGUGUGGAGGGCCACACUAUUGUUCUUCAUGUCCUCAGCUGGUGGGAGGAAAACACUGCAACCGUUGUGGACGGAAUGGGCACUUGGAUAACGAGUGCAACAUGGGUGGACGUGCAGUGAUGAGGCCACCAAACGCUGGAAGGAACCAACCGAGGGGUGGCAGAGCACAAGCAGUGGGACGUGUGUACGCUAUAACGAGCGCUGAGGCAGCAAGCUCAGGUAAUCUUAUAACUGGUGAAUGCUUGCUGUAUGGAAUGCCAUGUCGUGUACUGUAUGAUUCGGGGGCGACUCACUCCUUCAUCUCGAAGGCGUGUGUUGAAAAACUGGGAAUAGCUGAGAGUGAGAUGCAGUUCGACUUGGUGGUAUCAACCCCAGCGGCUGGAGAGCUUAGGACAUCUACCGUAUGCAUUAGAUGUCCUAUUGUGGUUGAGGGGCGUAGUUAUAAGGUGAACUCGAUCUGUUUACCUUUGAAGGAAUUACAAGUGAUUCUAGGAAUGGAUUGGUUGGCUACCAAUCGCAUUCUCAUAGACUGUGGUAAGAAGGAGUUAAUCUUUCCGGAUGAAGAAGAAGAAGAAUUGUCAGUGACGCUCGGCCAACUGAAAGAAGACAUUAUGGAGGGCGCCAGCUGUUUCCUGAUUAUGACGCAUGAAGAUCAGAAAUUCGGAGGAUUGGUAAAAGGACGAUCGUCCACUAGNUGA